GCCAGUGAGGGAUUGCCACGUUGAUUAGAGUGGCGUUGAGAGGCCGGGCAUACCACGCCACAUUUUUGCCUCUCACUGCUGACUCUCCCUGCCCUGGACCUCCACCUCGUCACUGCGCCUUGCUGACUUCCUCGCCCGAGUGCUGAGCGAGAGAGAGCAGCGGGGAAGGAGUAAUAACGGAGAUUUAAGCAAAAAGCAGGAUGGGGGCGUGGCGGGGCGGCGGCGGCUCUGCAGCGGCGGCGGCUGUGGCGGCGGUGGUGGUGGUGGUGUCCGUCAUGAGUGUGGCGGAUGCUGUGACCAUCAUGAGUGUGGACUUUGGCUCAGAGUGGAUGAAGGUGGCAGUGGUGGCGCCCGGCAUCCCCAUGGAGAUAGCGCUGAACAAGGAAUCCAAACGCAAGACACCAAGUGCGAUCUCCUUUCGUGACGGGGAGAGGACGUUUGGAGAGGAUGCUUUGACAAACGGGGUCCGCUUUCCGGCAACCUGCUACGGCUACCUCCUGGACCUCCUGGGAAAGAAAACGGAGGCAAACGCAGUGGUGGAGGUUUACAGAGAGCGUUUCCCGUUUUACAAUAUCGAGGCAGAUGAGAAGAGAGGCACUGUGGUGUUUAGACAUGACAGCAACACCACCUACAGCGUUGAGGAGCUAGUGGGCCAGCUGCUGGGACACGCUCGGGACAUAGCAAUGGCACACACGGACCAGAGGAUCAAGGAUUGCGUCAUCACCGUCCCAGCGUUCUUCAACCAGGCAGAGAGAAGGGCACUGUUGAUGGCUGCUCACCUCACUGGACUGAAGGUGCUGUCGUUAAUGUCAAGCAACGCAGCAGUGGCCUUGAAUUAUGGGAUGUUCCGUCGUAAGGAGAUCAACGCAACAGCUCACCACAUUCUCUUCUAUGACAUGGGAGUCACCACCGCCACCAUCGCCUCCUUCCAGACCAUCAAGACUAAGGAACGUGGGUACUCGGAGACCAACCCACAGCUCACUAUUCUGGGGGUCGGGUACGACAGGUUACUUGGGGGUCUGGCCAUGCAGCUGCGCCUUCGAGACCACCUUGCCAAGAAGUUUGAGGAGGUGAAACGCACAAAGAACAGCGUCUACGAUUCCCCCCGAGCCAUGGCCAAGCUGCUGAAGGAGGCUGGACGGAUGGCAAAGAUCCUAUCAGCCAAUACAGAACAUCUCAGCCAGGUGGAGGGUGUGCUGGAUGAGGAGGACUUCAAGCUGAUGGUGAAAAGAGAGGAGUUUGAGGACCUGUGUGUUGACCUCUUCGAGAGAGUGCGUGCCCCGGUCGAUGCUGCGCUCAUCUCUGCUGGCAUGGACAUUAGCAGCAUUGACCAGUUCAUCAUCGUGGGGGGGUCAACACGCAUCCCCAAGGUUCAGGCAAUAUUGCAAGAGGUUUGGGGUCGUGAGCUGGGCAAGAAUAUAAACGCAGACGAGGCAGCAGCGAUGGGGGCUGUCUAUCGCGCCGCUGACCUUGGCCAGGGCUUCAAGGUCAAGAAAUUCCACGUCAAGGAGUCUGUGCUCUUCCCCAUUGAGGUGGACUUUGAGCGCAAGGUGGAGGUAGCAGCAGCAGCGGCGGCGGCGGCGGCGGACAGCAGUGGUGACAGUGAGGGAGUUAGCAGUAGUGUUACCAAGGUGGUGAAGAGGUCUCUGUUUGCUGUGGGGAACACUUACCCACAGAAGAAGGUGAUGACUUUCAACAAACACACCGCAGACUUCACCUUUGCUGUCAACUAUGCCACCAACGAACACCUGCCCAGACACGAACUCAGGAUGGCUGGCGCGGUGAAUCACUCCACAGUGUCGGUGGAGGGGGUGACAAAUGCUUUCCAGAAACACCUCGCUGAAGGAGCUGAGCCUAAGGGCAUUAAGGCUCACUUCAACAUGGACGACUCUGGGGUGCUCCACCUGGCGGGGAUGGAGGCAGUGUUUGAGAAGAGUGUGGCAGUGGAGGAGGAGGAGGAGAAGAAGGAAGAGGAGGAGGAGGAGUCGACUCUAUCAAGACUAGGAAGUACUAUUAGCAAACUAUUCGCUGGUAUGGAGGAGGAGGAGGAGGAGGAGGAGGAGGAGGAGAAGGAGAAGGAGAAGAAGAAGAAGAAAGGAGAGAAUAAAACGAAGGAGGAAGAACGGAAGGAAGGAACGGCCCAGAAGAAGGAAGAGGAGGAGAAGGAGGAGGAGGGGGCGGAGAAGAAGAAGAAGAAGGAGGAGAAGAAGGAAGAGGAGGAGGAGGAGAAGAAGAAGAAGAAGGAGGUUAAAAUGAAGCAGGUCACAGUUAAGGAGGAUUUAAAUUUUACGCAAGUUUAUAUCGAUCUGCCGGAAAUGGACCCAGAUACUCUCUCGCUCUCCCAGAAGAAACUGGAGGCAAUAGCAGCGGCAGAACAGGCAAGGAAAGAGAGAGAGGCAGCGCGGAACACUCUAGAGAGCUACAUUCUUGAGGCGCAGGACAAGCUAUGGCAGGAUUCGUAUGAAAAGGCCUCUACUGAACCCCAGAGAGAGGAAGUCAGGGCUCUGUGUUCCCAGCUGGACGAGUGGAUCUAUGACGAAGGGUUUGACCAGGAGGCAUCUGUGUACAAGACCAAACUCAACCAGCUGUCUGCCUUGUUUGAGCCCAUCCAGCGCCGCGUACAGGAGACCCAGGACCGCCCCGAGGCCAUACAGGCCCUGAAAGACAUGCUUAAUGGGUCACAAGUGUUUCUGGCGAGGUCGAAGGAGGUCCCUGCAGAACACCAGCUGUUUACGGAAGUGGAAAUGACAACACUGGAGGAACUGAUCAAUGGGACACAGAAAUGGCUGGAUGAGAAAAUGCAGCUCCAGAAGUCCAUCCCAGCUUAUGAGGACCCUAAAUUGACCCUUAGCGACAUUGCAGAUAAAUGGAGUGCCCUAGACAGAGAGAUCAAAUAUUUAAUUAACAAAGCGAAGAUUGCAAAGGUAAAAAAGGAGAAGGAGGCGGAAGAGAAGAAGAAGGAAGAGAAGAAGAAGGAAGAGGAGAAGAAGAAGAAGAAGACAUCAGGAAAGAAGAAGAAGAAUGGAACCAAGGAAGAGCAGGAGGAGGAGGAGAAGAGGAAGGCAGGGGAGGAGGAGGAGGAGGUGAAAACAGAGAAUGAGAAGAAGAAGGAAGAGGAGGAGGAGGAGGUGAAGAAGAAGGAAGAGGAGGAGGAAGACGACCCUCUGAACAUCUUCCAAGAGGCUGGAGAAGAGAACAACAGUGAGGAAGACAGAAGGAAAGAGGAGGAGGAGGUGGUGGAGGAGGAGGAGGAGGAGGAGAUAGGAGGAGAAGAGGAAGAGGAGGAGGAAGGGAAGAGAGUGCCCCCCCCAGUGUGGGCUAGCACCCCCCCAGAGAGUGUGUGGGUGUGUGGGAGUUCAGCGUUUGUUAUUGUUGUCAUCCACCUCUUGUUUACUUUGCCGCAUGUCAGAAGGCCCCAUCGAUAGCAGUGGAAGCGCAGAAAAACUUGACCAUGUUGAAUUGUGAUGAGGUGGUGUGUGUGUGUGUGUGUGUGUGUGUGUGUGUGUGUGUGUGUGUGUGUGUGUGUGUGUGUGUGUGUGUGUGUGUGUGUGUGUGUGUGUGUUUGGCUGGGUUGGCAACACUGCAAAGGUCAAGAAAGGGUUAUAAACAUUGGUAACGUGUUUUGACCUUCAUUUUGACCUUUUUUGACCUGAGAGAGAGAGAGAGAGAGAGAGAGAGAUUUUGGUGUAUUAUUGAGAAGAGAAGAAGAAGAAGAAGAAGAAGAAGAAGAAAGGUCAUAACGUACAAAAGGUCGGAUAGGUGUAGAAAGGUCAGUGGUAGGUCAAAGGUCAUAUGUAAGAAAGGCAUGAAGAAAGGUCACUUAAGGUCAGAGAAGGUAGUUUUCAGUAGGAAAGGUCAAACAUUUCUAGAAAGGUCAGGAAACGAGGACAUCAGUUCUGAAAGGUCAAAGGUCAGAUGAGGGCGUAGAAAGGUCAGGAAAGGUCUGGUAGCAGGUCGAAGGUCAUUAUCUAAGAAAGGUCAGGAGAUAAGGUCAGUGCUGAAAGGUCAAAGGUCAAGUAAGAAAAGCCUUAUGAGCGUCUUAAAAGGUCAUUGGUGCUGGGAAUUGGUAAAAAAGAUCGUUAUAUGCAGAAAAGGUCAGGCGAAGGUCAAAAAGUCGCACAAAACACCAACACUGCAAAGGAAAAAUUAUUGUAUUUAGUUAAGGUCAAAAGGUCAGUGAUGCUAAAAAAGUCAUAAAGGUCAGAUUAGGUCAGAAACUUGAGGAAAAGGCUUCAAACAUCAGAAAAAGGUCAGUAGUGCUGGAAAAUAGGGUCAAAAGUUUCAUUAUUGGUAAAGGUCAGAAAAAAAAAGGUCGGUGCUGGGAAAGAUUGGAUAAGGUCAAGAAAUUGUAAAAAAAGCAUUAUAAGGUCAUUGGUGGUGGAGUAGAGGGUGAAAGGUCAAUUUUGUUAAAGGCUUGGGAAAAACUAAGGUUGGUGGUGAGAAAGGUCGUGUAAGGUCAGUAAAUAGGAGAAAAAUAUCUUAAAAGGUCAUUAGUAGUGGAAUAAAGGCCAAAAGGUCAAUAUUGGGAGAAACAAGGGUCGGUGGUGGGAAAAGGUCAAAUGAGGUCAGGAUAAAGGUCAUUUUGGUUCAUUUGUGUGUAAAUGAAAAAUCGACUUAAUUUAUUGUUUAGGAAAAAAAAUUAUUAUUAUUAUUAUUAUUAUUGUUAUUAUUAUUAUUAUUAUUAUUAUUAUUAUUAUUAUUAUUAUUAUUAUUAUUAUUAUUAUUAUUGGAAUGGUAAAGGAAUGCUGGGAAAUAUUUUAGGCAUGUCGAGGAAAUCAGUCGUUUAUUUUAUUUUUUUUUUAUUUUUACAUUUUUAUUUUAUUUUUGAAUGGAGGAAAAAUGUAAACAAAUUCUUGGACAUCAUAUUAUUUAUUUAUUUAUUUAUUAAUGUAUUAUUGAAUGGGUUUGGUGUCAACAAAUUUUUGGGUUCUAGAAAAAAAAAUUAGGAUUAUAAAAAAUGUUGAUAAAAAUAUAAAUAAAGAAUUAAUAAAUGUC